CCUUCCAGCGCUCGACCAAAUCUCGCCUCCAAGCUCGCCGGAACUUGGCGCUUUCAAGAAUAAGUAAGUGCUUUAUAUCCAUGUUAGCGCUUUAAACUAGCGCACCUGUCUCUCCCCUGGACGACGAUGACGCCGACGUCCCUCGAGAGUAUCCUUUUAGAGGGCAGCAGCCCACACAGUCGUUUACGACACAGCAGCGCCAAAUGAGCCAAGUUCCCGUUCCCGUACAUCAAUACACUGCCUACCAGCCCGCUCCGGACUUGUACGAUACAUCUUUUGAGAACCCAAGAAGCCUCGAGGACGUGCCAGCCCCAUUGCAACAAGGCGCAUUACCGCGGAGUACCAAGAUGCGCAUAAGGGUUCCCACUGACACUUCAGCUGUUGCCCAGCGAUUUCGCUUUCUCACCAAGGGCAAGUCGGAGCCAACAGAGAAUCUGGCCGAUCGACCAAGGCAAAAUGGGGCGCCGCCCAUUCACAUCCCCCGGAGGAGCAGCAAGCGUGCAAGCCGCACCCCAAAUGGCCUUCGAAACAUAUCAGCUCCCCUGCCACCUAUUCAGUCUGGCACUCAGUUGGAAACACCUCCGCGCCAGCAGGCAGCCACCGACCGCGAGCUUCUUCCGUCUUCAUUGGCUCCAAAGCCACUAAACAUAACACCAGCAGCAAACAAGGUUGCGUCGCGCAAUACCAAUGCUAAUAUCGGUGAUAAUGCGCUUCCUACGCCGCCUAAUCAUGACUACCCGACUCCGCUAUCCAUACCAUCAGCUCGAUCACAGUCACCUGCCGUCCAAGAUUUGACUCCUACCGGGCCUAGGAUCAUCAAGAGGAAGCCGCCGCAAACCCACCAAGCCCAACCUUCGGCGCCAUCCAACCUAUCAAGUUCAAGUCCGGCCUACAUCAAUCCUCCUCCUCGGAGAGCCUCGGCCGCAGCCGUCACUGGGUUCCAUGAGGCCCCCCCCAAACGCUCCAAUACUGAUGAGGCGUGGAUGCAACCUCCGUCACGCUUCAGUGUCACCACUUAUGCUACAUCGAACGCAGGGACUCCUCCACAGGCUGCUGUGGAGCAGAUGCCCGCAAACGCACCGGUUACUACUUCGAUGAUGAGCCGUCCAGGUCCAUUUGCGAAGCGGGACAAUGCCCAUACCCCUAUAACGAUUCCUAAGCAGAGGGCCUACAUGUCCAGUCCAUAUGGAGCCGAUGAUCAGAUGGCGGUGUCGAGCGAAGUAUCUCUUAGUGAACCGCGCCGCACCCGAGCCGGCAGCAAUACGGAGUCCACCGGCCGAAGCUCCAUUCUGUCUACUGCCAAGCCGCUUCCACCCGCACCUCCGGAGUUGGCAUCAGCACCCGAUGACAGGAUUGCGCAACUAAAUGCCUCUCUCUCGGCACUGGCGCACCGCAGAGUCAACAUCAACAAAAGUAUCCAACAAAUGACAGAGCUGAUGCCGCGAGAUAACCUGAUGGCCAGCGCAGAAGUGCUCCGAAAGAGGGAGGUUGAGAAGCAAAAAGUAGAGGGGCUGAAACAGGAGCUGGCUGAGAUUCAACAUGAAGAGUAUGACUUGGGCUUGAAGCUGCAUAGGGCUUACAAGCGUCAGGAGAAGGAUGCAGAAUUCGAAGUUACUGGCCUGUGGGUGCGAAGGAUCACAAGCUGAUUGGCGACGUGACUUGCUGAGCCUGGCGCUGGGAAUUGUUUUGGUGGGUUUUUAUUCUUUGCUGGUCAAGAAACUUGGGACAUGUACGAAUAUGGGUUGAAAAGGG